UGUGUGUGGGGAUUAACGGUUGAAAGUGAAAUUGUUAACCCGUCGCACUGGCACGCUGGCCAGGAUGUGUUCGCCGGUCUGUCAUUCGUAAUCGUGAGUCCACGCCGGAAGGUUCACCCUGCUCGAAGACACUCCGGUGCGUGCUUCUGCCUCCGGCUGAUCGUGUGUGAUCGUCUGCAGUAAAAGUGCAGUGCACAGUAAAAGAGAGUGAGAAAGUGUGUGUUAUUUUUCCUCCAAAACGCCUUUGGAACUCCGUUUUAAUCGCCUGCAGCGGGCACGUCAACAGUGGGAAACGCCAACAGUGCCAAAACUGUUCCGUGGUGCAGUGUGUGGUAAAGUUCAACGUACCGGCAGUGAUGAGGCGGCAGUACUCCAUGUGGGCCAGCACGGUGGCCGUCAUUGCUUGCGGCAGUGCCCUGAUGCUGCUGCACCCGGUCGGGGCCGAUGCACCGAAACGUUGCCUAACAAAACCGAACGUCUCGAAGAAGGUGGAUAUGGUCAUCCACCAGUGCCAGGAAGAGAUCAAAUCAAGCCUUAUUGAGGAUGCGUUGAAAAUUUUCACCGCCGAGCACGGACAGUGGCAUGAUCGCCGCAAGCGCGAUGAAGGCGGGCUUGACUUUUCCCACCCAACGAUCGUUUCGCACGAGGACAAAUGGAUUGCUGGCUGUCUGAUGCAGUGUGUGUACCGGAAAAACAAUGCAAUCGAUAAAAACGGUUGGCCAACGCUGGACGGGCUGGUCAGCCUGUACACGGACGGUGUGAAUGAGCAGGGCUACUUCAUGGCCACGCUCCGGGGCGUUGAUCGAUGUCUCAAGGGCACGUCGAAGAAGUAUCAGAUCAAACGCAACGAUGCCGCUGAAAACUUUGAACAGUGCGAAGUUGCGUUCGACGUGUUUGACUGCAUCUCGGACAUGAUUACGGACUACUGCAGUGGCCAGAUGGAGGAUGAUCAUUAAAGGCGAAUGACCGUGUUUGAAAGUUACACCAACAAAUGGGGAGAUAUUACUUUUUCCUGCACUUGUGCGACAUCCAACUCAAGACGACAGUAGAUUAGUGCUAUUCUUAAGAUGUAAUUUAAUCGAAUCGAACAAAAAAUGGAAGAAAAGAAAUGUGAUUUUAUGUCGUUUGUAUGGGAAAAUAAAUGUAUAAGUUAACUCAAAGAUAAA